AUGUCUGGUUACGGUAACCGUGGUGGUGAUACACAUGUUGAAAGCUGGUGUGAUCCACAAACCACUGAAGGUUGGGGAGGAACACAGACCAAUGAAGGAUGGGGCGUGUUACAACUGGAUGAAAUUGGAUCUCUUAAUGCUUGGAUGGAUAAUGAAGAAGAAAGUUGGAGUGGAUCCAUAUCACAAGAAAAAAACUCUAGUAAUAGAAAACGAACAGAGGUAGCAACAACGCAAGGUUCUCAAAACAGUGCAGGACGAGCCUUUAUAACUAACGAUCAACAGAAACCAAAAUUACAAAAUAACUUUCGAAAUCAGUACAAAAAGCUGAAAUCACAUGAUAAUUACCGAAAUCAAGAACCAUAUAAAACGGAAACUCAUGAAACAAGAUCUAAAGCUUUAAACGCUAACCAUGAUUAUAUUAACGCAAAUCUUCAAAUUACUACUCCAGAAACACAAGUGCAAGUGUUUGAUAAAAGAUUAUUAUCUUCAACGUUACCACCAAUUGUUGAAGAAUGGGAAUAUAAUACAUCAAGAUGGGAAGAUGACGUUAAUUAUACACCAUUUGAUGAUACUGUUAAGCCAAUUACUGAACAACUUUCCCAAAUGCAAAUUUCUUCGCAAACUUCAUCACAAACAUUGGAACCACCAAAAAACGAUUCGCAAGAUAAUGAUGUAUCUAACGUAGAAAAUAUGGAAAAAUGCAAAGAAGCAAAAAUCGAGAAAUCUGAAGAAUUUUUACGAGAUCCUCAAAAUAAAUCUAAGCUUAACAACGAUCAACUUCAAUCGAUCGAAAAGAAGGAACAAGUUAUUGGCGCAAUAAAAGAACUUGAAGAAAUUUAUAAAAAGAUAGUGAGCAUUGAUACUGAGGUAUGA